GUGCGGACACCGCACGCGUCUGCCGCUGCCCCGUCCGGGUGACAACUGGCCGAGUCCCCCACCCGGGACCGUGAUGCUGCGGGCGGUGGGUAAAGGCAGCGCUGCGAGCCCGGAGGGCGGCGCAGAGGGCGGCGCUGGCGGCGUGAAAGGCGCCUUUGUGCAAGCCCGGGUGUAGGACCCGGGGAGAGCAGAGAGCUGACCGAGACCUGGAGUCGGGGGACAGAGGCGUCCCGCGCUCAGUCGUCGGAUCUCCAGCAGGACAGUCGGGUAGCGCGGUGGAGAUGGUCUGAGGCGGUGCCCAGGGGCCGGGAGUGGGAAGAAAGCAGUUUCGAGGAAGUUGGGGGACAGGGACUUGUCUCCCCGCCCUCUCCCCCUAGGUGGCAGAGGCCCCGCUGGCUAGCAGGGUGCCACCACUGGCCCCGGAGCUCACUCCGGAACCGGCAUCUGGAGAGCGGCCCCCGGGUGGAGCCGCCCGCCUGCCGCCCACCUGGGGCAGAGCGGCGGGCGGGCGCGGCGAGGCCUCCCUUCUGCGCCCCGGCCGCGUGGCUUGCGGCUUAUUUUCCCAGCUGGCAAGCGUCGCGCUGCAGACAAGGGAAUGCCUGUGGUCCUGCGUGUUCCGGAGCUCGGGGGCAUCCUGAUCUCGCUGAGCCCCUUCCAGGUGCGGAAGGGUUAAGAAUGAUGAAGAAGAGGAGGAAGCGGGGCGCGCCCCCCGGCCCAUGCCGCAGCCAGAGGCCCGGCCCAGCCACCGCGCCCGCGCCGCCGCCCUCGCCGGAGCGCACGAGCCCUGCAUGGACGGGCAUGGGCGUGAGAGCAGCACCUUCCUGCGCCGCCGCCCCCGCCGCCGCCGGGGCUGAGCAGCGCCGCCGCCCCGGGUUCUGGCCGCCGUCGCCCCCGCCGCCGCUGCUGCUGCUGCUGCUCAGCCUUGGGCUGCUCCACGCAGGUGACUGCCAGCAGCCAGCUCAGUGUCGAAUCCAGAAAUGUACCACGGAUUUCGUGUCCCUCACUUCACACCUGAACUCUGCCGCCGAUGGCUUUGACUCCGAGUUUUGCAAGGCCCUCCGCGCCUAUGCCGGCUGCACCCAGCGAACCUCAAAAGCCUGCCGCGGCAACCUGGUGUACCACUCUGCUGUGUUAGGUAUCAGCGACCUCAUGAGCCAGCGGAACUGUUCCAAGGAUGGGCCCACAUCCUCUACCAACCCGGAAGUGACCCAUGACCCUUGUAACUACCACAGCCAGGGAGGAGUCAGAGAACACCGGGGAGGGGACCAGAGCCCUCCCAAUUACCUUUUCUGCGGCUUGUUUGGAGACCCUCACCUCAGAACUUUCAAGGACCACUUCCAGACAUGCAAAGUGGAAGGGGCCUGGCCCCUCAUAGACAACAAUUACCUUUCGGUUCAAGUGACGAAUGUGCCUGUGGUCCCCGGAUCCAGUGCCACUGCCACCAACAAGAUUACUAUCAUCUUCAAAGCACACCACGAGUGUACGGAUCAGAAGGUGUACCAAGCUGUGACAGAUGACCUGCCAGCGGCCUUUGUGGACGGCACCACCAGUGGCGGGGAUGGCGACAUCAAGAGUCUUCACAUCGUGGAGAAGGAGAGUGGCCGUUACGUAGAGAUGCAUGCCCGCUACAUAGGCACCACAGUGUUUGUACGGCAGCUGGGUCGCUACCUAACCCUUGCCAUCCGGAUGCCCGAAGACUUGGCCAUGUCCUAUGAGGAGAGCCAGGACCUGCAGCUGUGUGUGAACGGCUGCCCCACCAGUGAAUGCAUUGAUGACGGACAAGGCCAGGUGUCCGCCAUCCUGGGGCACAGCCUGCCGCACACCACCUCAGCACAGGCCUGGCCUGGCUACACACUGGAGACCGCCAGCACCCAAUGCCAUGAGAAGAUGCCAGUGAAGGACAUCUACUUCCAGUCGUGUGUCUUUGACCUGCUCACCACUGGUGAUGCCAACUUUACCGCUGCAGCCCACAGUGCCUUGGAGGACGUGGAGGCCCUGCACCCCAGGAAAGAGCGCUGGCACAUCUUCCCCAGCAGCAGCCGUGCAGGGGGCACUGACUUGUCCGUUGGUCUUGGACUCACAUGCCUGGUCCUUAUUGUGUUUUUGUAGGGCUUGUUUGUUUUUUGUUUUGGGUUUUUUUUUUUUUUGGUUUUUUUUUUCUUUUUUUUUUUUUUGUCUAUAACAAAAUUUUAAAUAUAUAUUGUCAUAAUAUAUUGAGUGAAAGAGUAUAUAUAUGUAUAUACCAUGUAUAUGACAGAUGUUUGUCCUGGAACACCAGAUUGUACAUUAUGUGUUUGGCUGUUUUCACAUAUGUUGGUUGUAGUGUUUUUUGAUUGUAUCAAUUUUAUUUUGCAGUUUUGUGAAAUGUUUUAUAAUGUCCCUGCCUAGGGACCUCUUAGAAAGCACUUUAUUUUUUAUAUAUUAAAUAUUUAUGUGUGUACCUGGCUAAUAUGUACAGUGUAUAUACACAGACACCACAACAAUCCAUUUGAAGGUGACCAGUUUGCAGCUACCCUGGGUGUUCCUCCUGCACGUCCAUUGCUACUGAUUUGCCAAGAUGGAGCGGUCUCCCUACCUGCAGUGUCAGUUUGAGAGGAAAGUUGUUCCCGCCCUUGCAAGUACUUUUGAUUCUUAAAACACGGAUCUCACUUAAGAGCCCUGUUUCUAGCAACUCACUUUCUCAGAAUGUGGGGACAAUAUUGCUACAACUGCAGUCCUUCUUACUCUGAUUGUGACAUUUGAGCACAUGUGGCCUGUGAGAUUGACCGUUUGUGAAGAGUCUGGUGAUGGCUGUUUCAGGUAGAUCCCAGGCAUCUUGCUACGCCUACGCCUGAUCUAGUCCCCUAACCCUGUUUAAAUUGUAGUUUUCCCCUCCUUUAACUCUUUAAGGAAAACCAAAUCAGAACUUAGUAGAUUUCAUGCCUUGCUCUCCCUCUCCGCAGUUUGUAGAAAUCAUGUUCUUAACUCUCUCCUCCCUGGCUGGUUGGAAUCCUAAUGGUUCUCUCCGGCUCCCCCCAAUGUCUCCUUCACCGCACCUCAGGAUUCCAAACUCUGGCUGUUAGUCUUCCUCUGAUAUAAGGUCCAGGUGUGGGGCCUUGAGAUCAGGAAAUCUUCCUUGUGUAUCGAUACACACUUGCCUGUGGAUGCUGGUGAGUCCCGAUGUUUGUUAACUAGGCAUUGCGCUGCCCAAGAGGCCUCUGUCUUUUCAGCUCUGCCAUCUUAACAUCUGUAGUCACUUAGCGAAAUCCCCAUAUAGUAAAGUCUCUCCUUGCCUCUGCCACCCCAUUGUUGGUACCAACUCUAAAGGGCUGUGAGAGUAGCAGAGUUAACUCCUGAAUAGAUAGGUUUGUAUUAUUAUAUCUAAAUGUGAGUGUUUGGUUCCAAGAAGUAAUACAAUAUUUUUAAGGUUUACAUUAAUGCAAGCAAAAGAUACGAACUUUAAAUACUGGAGUGAUUUAGCCAUGUCCUGUUGGCUGGUGGCACUGACACACUCAGGCUGGCGGCAGGAAAGGGUGUCAUGUUGUAAAGUUCUUAGAGAAGUGAUAAUCAUCACAAGGUGGGAUGGUGUGUUUAUCUAGGAGCAGCAAACCCUUACCUUGUGUGAAAUUAUGAAGGCAUCUUUAAAAGCUGAAAACUCCAGAGAGCUGGAAUCUUACCCUGUAAAAAAAAAGAAAAAAAAGGUCUUUUUAAGAAAACUAGAUUAGGACCUUCCAACCCGAAAGCAUGACCGUUUUUGUCCAUCUGUGGAGUCAUGGACCAGAAUCCGUCAGUAGCUAGUAACUUGUAAUUGAGUAGAACAAGGAAGGAGAGAUGUUGGCUACUUUUAACCACUAUUUUUGUGCAAAUAGUAUAAAGAAAAAAAAUAGAAGUUUCUGCAGUGUCUGGCUUUAGAGUGUGAUUGAUAGAUACACCUUUAUCCUUUUGUAGGGAGAACAAGACCACCACCUCUACUCAUAGUUUGGAAAAGGAAGCUUGCUUAGCUGUAUUCUUUAGUGGGAAAGGGUGCCUGUGAGAUGUACUACAACUGUAGUAAUAGUAAUAGAGUGUGGUGUGUGUUUCUCCCUAAUAAUCAGUGUCUGUAUGACCUUGACAGUCCCCACAGAUAACUUUUAAAAGUAAAGUAUUUCUGUAGAGAAGGGCCAGGUUUUCUUUGGGGUUUCUAAGAACACACUGCUUGCACUUGCUUCAUGAAGUCUUUAGCCAAAAGAAUUUCAGACCAUGCCAGCAUAUGAAUAGGCAGGCUAUAGCUCGCCAUGGGUCUCCUGGGAGAGCUUAAAACUUGGGCCAAAACACUGGUUUUUUCACAGAGUCAUGUGGCAACUUUAGAGAAGACUCAAAAAACACUUUGCUUCACUGUGCUUAGAAAUCCCCCACAUUGUGCCGAGUCUUUCCAGAGAAACCUGUAGAUGUGGUUUGUAGGCAUAUGAGUAUCUGUAAAAACAGUGAGUGUGCAGUGUGUAAAUACUUUAAAUUAUUAUGCUAGAAAAAAAAAAUAAUAAAGUUACAGACCGUGCUGUCGAAUGUUUGUUCUGUGAUUAUAGUGACGCCUGCUGGAAGAGCUGAGGAGCCUCUGCAGAAGCCAAGGAGUAAGGGAGUUAAAAUCCCUGUAGUUUUCGACGAGAUGGACUCCUUGCCCCUGUCUCCUUUGACUGCUACUGUAGUUUUUUUUUUUUCCUUUAUAACUUUUAAGCAAUUACAAUAAAGCAGUGUCUGUGAGACUG